UUGAGAGAUUUUCUCAGUCGUGACUAGUGAAUGAAAUGAAUUAGUUUUGUUUACAUGUGGUUAGAAAUAGCGGUUCAACCGUAGCAAAACAUUCCAAAACUUUAACCGAAGUUGAUGUGAUAAUCAAGUUAUGUAAAUAAUGUACCUAUGUCUAGUAUAGCUGAUUAAAGUGCGAUUGAUUAUUCUACAGCAGUUAUGUUGUGAAUAGUUUAGAUUAUUGUUGUUCAUCUUAGUGUCAGAAUAAGUGUGCCAAAGAAAAUAUUCCAAUAAUGACAUCAAAACGCUUUGGAAAUUUUCAAUUAAAACAGCCUUCGGCGGCGUAUAAAAAAGCUCGAUUGGAUAUUGACAUCAUCCCUAGCCAACAGUACAUCCAACAAACAACACGAACUACAGCGGUGAUAAAGAAUCCUACAACGGUUGCUAAGUCUUCUUCCAAAACUGAUGUCCUGUGGGGUGACGAGGAUGAUGAAUUCAUCAUUUUGGCAUCUCAAGCCGUAGAAGAGGUGGAAAUGUCUCAGCAAUCCCAUACAAAUGAUGUUACUUUUGGGAGGUUUGGCAAAGGAACAGUUUCAUCGAGCACCCAGUCGGAUCCGGAUUCCAGUGAAUUAAUGCCCCCGCCUACUGCCGUACCCGGUCCAUCCAGAGUGAAUCCGGUCCCGACAGAAAUUAUAGAUCUGCUGACAGAUGAUGAUGAUGUGUUUAGUGAAAAUUUUGACGAAAACUACGAUAAUAUCGAGAAACACAUCGACGAAUUCUUCAACAAUGAAUUCGACGAUGACUUCAACUUGGAUGGACUGCGAAGUAGUGGCAGUGCCGAAAAGCUAGUAGAGCAACGAAAUGAACAACCUGUUUCACCGAAGAAAUCAUCUCCUGAUCGAACUAAACCAGUGAAUGUAGAAUCCAAGCCAUCCACAAUGUUCAGGUCCAAACAACCACAAGCAAAAAUUAAUGAUUUCAAGCCGGACGCACAGAAAUUCACGCAAAAUCGAUUGCCUGCUACUCAGCAGCAAUUGUCGCAAGCACAAGCGAAACAAAAAGAUCAUGCUAAAGACAUGCAGGUCAAGUUCCUUACUAAUCAGCUGGAAAUGGCAAGUAAAAAGACCGAUAAACUUCAAACAGAUUACAACGAUGUUCUGGAACGUAUUCAAAUCCGCGAUGGAGAGGUUUCGAUGCUGCGAUAUGAGUUAAAGAACAUCAAAAGUCAAAACGAGCAAUUGCGUCUGGAGAAAAUGAAAGAGAGCGAAACAAUUAAGAGGGAAUGGGUGGAAAAAAUGAAAAAUCUGGAAAAAGUCAUCAUUGCUCAGAAAGCAGAUUUAGAGUUCAAGACAGCGGAAAUAAGCAAUUCCAGAAUGAAACGGCUGAGUAACUCUUUCAGGAUCGACAAGAGACAAGUUAACGCAACUGAACAAACCGUAACAGAGGACGACUUGAAAGCACACUCUCGUCGGUUGCGAUUGUUUGAAAAUGCUUCCCAGUCAAGUUAUGAAAUCGACCCAAGGAUCUUUGAGAUCUCCGCUGAAAGCAUUUCCAAAUACAGUAUCAAUAACGGAAUAACAAAUUUCUUCAAAAGAGACGCCAUUCUGUCUCAACAUUUGGGGCACUUGCAGACUUGUCUAUCCCAAAUGAUUGCCUCGAAAUCAUCCUUACCGUGCCAAACGGUGCGCUCAAUCGCAACCACAGCAUCUCAAUCUUUCCUGGAGAUUCAACAAUACUGUAACAAACUGCAGAUGGUGCGAGUUAAGGACGUUCACAUGGGAGCGAAAGUGGCAUUUGAAUUCCUGUGUAGAAACAGCAAGAAGAAUCGAUUGGAAGGUUGUGCAAACAUUUACCAGCGUGAACCGAUUUCUAGCAACGAAAAGGCAAUUAUCUCGAGAAGAUUGCUUGCUGCAUUAAGCCUACUUUGUAGAUACUUACCAUCGCUAGCUUUGAACAUGGUGCAACAACAGAAGGAUGUGGAAUCCAGUGUCAGUGUAUUGAACAAAUCUCUAAUAAAAAUGAGUUAUGCAAAUGAAUUAUAUGACCACUUUGGAAUGAUAGCUGCUGCUGCAGCAUUUCUUUGCAGUCUCACUCAUCACAUGAGCCGCUUCCAAGAAAGUGGAUGUCAAGUAAUGAAUCUCUUGAAGUCGCUUGUACAAUGUCGACCAGAUAGUGCUCUCAUACUCACGUAUAUUUCAGAAGCUAUAUACAGAAUAUCAUCUCAGGAGCACUCAAUCCAUUUCCUCAACAAUCUUUGUUGGCGGAGUAAACCGGAGUGCUUCCUGUUCCACACAUCAUUCAAAAUGUUCCAGUUUACUAAAGACUCCUGUAUUUUGCAAAUUUACGCACUGUUACUAGAAACAUCAGUCUGUCAGAAUCGAACUUUGAACGUGAUAGAGAUUCAGCACCUAGUGGAAAAUACCAGAAAUACCAUCUACUUCUUACGCAAUGCAAUGACAUAUCCUGUCCAGUGGGUAUGCGAUUUCAUUCGGCAUUCGAAUCAUCGGCGAUCGUCCUGUCAGUGCUACAUAAGAAUUGUCAAAUCUUUCGUGAUACUUCUACAUCAAUUACUUCGUUGCUGGAUGCAAUGUCCACUCAAUAUAGAAUUUGAUACCAUGUUGCAAAUUACGCAAAACGGUGUUCUUCUACUGUUCGAUAUUUUUCAAACAACCUACCGAAGCGUAAUUCUCCAAGUUGGAGGCCAUACGGUUCAAUGUCGCUUACAAACUAUCUACAAUUGGUUGACACAACACCAGAAUGAUUUUCAAUUCCAACCCGCGCAUAUGAAGGCACUUCGUUUGCUAGACCUGCGACUAAUCAUGGAUGAGCCAUUAAAAUCCAGUGACGAUGAAGAUGGAAUGGAUACCAACUCAGAAAGUGAUACGGCAGAGGAACGACGGUCAAUGUAUGAAGAUUUGUAUGGAGAUUUUUUUACCAGUAAAAUAUUACAUCAGUGAAUGCGUCCGA